AUGCUGACAUCCUUCAGCAGCUUGGCUUCUGCUCAUUCCAGCGCCACUCACUCAUGUGAACGCAGCGUGUAUUAUUCAAGUGGGAGGGAGCCCGAAUCAGGCACAUGUGCAUUGAACAAAAACAACAGCAGUUGCAGUCUGAUGUGUUGGAUGAAGGUUGAUUAUGGCUGUGAGUGAAGCUGAAAGUAAAAACUGUGUUCUGAACCAGUGCUCCGAAUGAAGAGCAGAAGAAAAGCAAUGACUAUGCUAGAACUGGCUGUGGCUGCAUGAGAUGAAGCAUUUACUCCCUGCCCAUUUUUACUUGGAGGCUUGAGAUUUCGGUUCUGUGACAUUCUCGGUUGCUUUCAGCUGCACAUUUUCGAAAGGAAAUCAUGCCACAAACACCGACCUUUGCAGCAAUGUUUAACAGCAGUGGUUAUAGCCGACACCUAUACUCAUCCAGCGAGGAGAACUGUGGAGGUCUAUUUUACCAUGACAACAACCUCGUGUCAGGGUCUUUGGAGGCACUGAUCCAACACCUUGUGCCUACAGUGGACUACUAUCCUGAUAGAACAUAUGUAUUUACCUUUUUACUGAGCUCACGUCUUUUUAUUCAGCCAUAUGAGCUCCUCGCGAAAGUUUGCCUCAUGUGCAUUGAGCAACAACGACUGAAUGAGGCCAUUUUAGAUAAGGCUAAAAUAAGAAAAUUUGCACCAAAAAUAAUGCAGCUGUUGGCUGAAUGGACGGAGAUAUUUCCCUACGAUUUUCGCGAUGAGAGGAUGAUGAGAAACCUGAAGGACAUGACACUCAAGAUAGCUACUUUGGAUGAGUUGUAUCGGAAAACCAUGCAGCAGAUUACUCAGAAUCUGAUCCAGAAGCUUGCUACCCUUAACCAGUAUGAAGAAGUCCUCUCAAAAUUAAAUGCAACUGUCACAGACCGGCUUACUGUGCUAAAGACCAAACCACAGUCCAUUCAAAGAGAUAUAGUGACCAUCUGCAGUGACCCGUAUACUUUAGCUCAGCAGCUAACACAUAUAGAACUGGAACGACUCAGUCAUAUUGGACCCGAGGAAUUUGUUCAAGCCUUUGCACACAAAGACACUUUAGACAACAAUAAGAACUGUUUUAAUGAACUGAAGAAAGCAAGCAACCUGGAAGCAUAUGUAGAGUGGUUCAACAGACUGAGCUAUCUCGUCGCGACAGAGAUUUGCAUGCCAGUGAAGAAGAAGCACAGGGCACGAGUAAUAGAAUAUUUCAUCGAUGUGGCUCGGGAAUGCUUCAAUAUUGGCAAUUUCAAUUCGUUGAUGGCAAUUAUUUCUGGCAUGAACAUGAGCCCUGUUUCUAGACUAAAGAAAACCUGGGCAAAAAUCAAAAUGGCUAAGUUUGACAUCCUUGAGCAUCAAAUGGAUCCUUCUAGUAAUUUCUACAACUAUAGAACAGCUUUGCGAGGAGCAGCUCAAAGAUCAAUGACAGCCCAUAGCACCAGGGAAAAGAUUGUAAUCCCUUUCUGCAGUCUCUUAAUCAAGGAUAUUUACUUUUUAAACGAGGGUUGUGCCAACCGGUUACUGAAUGGCCAUGUCAAUUUUGAGAAAUUCUGGGAGCUUGCAAAGCAAGUCAGUGAGUUUAUGACCUGGAAACAAGUGGAAUGCCCCUUCGAACAUGAUCGCAAAAUUCUUCAGUAUCUUCUCACAGCUCCUGUCUUCUCUGAAGAUACACUUUACUUGGCUUCGUAUGAUAGUGAAAGCCCUGAGAACCACAUUGAGAAGGAGAGGUGGAAGUCUCUAAGAUCAACACUUCUAACAAGGGUUUAGCUUCAAUGCAAACUUCUCUAUAAAUGACCCCCACUCCGAAGAUGUUUUGCAGUACUUGCCAUCUGAGGACAAGGCAGUUGGCCUACAGUAGUCUAGAAAUCCCAAGUCAGAACAAAGGAGGCUGAAUCUCAAUUAGAGCCAAAAUGGACAUUGGAUGCCUGUAUUUCAUCGGCCGCUGAUCAAACAUGUCACUUUUUUUUUGUUCAGCUUGACGGAUGUAAAUUCAUUAUGAAUUGAACUUUGAGAGUGUCAUCAUGAUUGCACAUCUCUUCAGUAUUUGCUGUCAAGUUGGGGACUAAACGUCAGGGAUGCAGCUGCUUAUUCUGUGCUAUUUCAGACAGAAACUCAAAAAUUGGUGCUGGUCUCCAGAUAACUGGAAUAAAAACUGAAUAAUGAGAUGGCUGCUGGUUAAGUCAACUCAGUAUUAUUGGGAAAAAGACUUAAUUUAAUGAUGUUUAUGACAGUGGUCACUGAAAUGUAGUCCUGGAUAGGUAAUAGAUUUGUGUAAUAUGAGAAAUAUGGUUACAUCCAUGACCAAAUUGAUCCCAUAGAAUACUUUGUAAACAUUCCGCAUGGCUGUGUGAUUCAUACUUGGAUAGGUUUUAACAAAUGUUGAGAUGUAGAUUAACCUAAAAGAAUGGAAAUGCCCAAAUGCAUUAUUUUGGCAUAUAUAAGAGUUAAAGAGCAUUCUAGUUGCUGUUAGAAGAUAUUUGUAAUUUUCACAACUUGUAUUAAAAUAGUGGUGUGAAAGCAAUAGUGUACCCAAUCAGCAGAAGCAACAGAGGGACUGGUUCUGUAGGAAGACUUGUAGAUUCAUUAAUGAAGUUGUAGGUGGUUAAUUAUCCUAGGAAAUGCACUGUUUAGUUAGUCACUUCAGCAUUAGGAUUGUGCAAUACCUUGACUUUUAGACAUCUUUGACUUGCUUUCAGUAGGUGUAAGCACUUAAAAAUAUCCAUUCCUUAUGUCAUGAUAGACAUCAUGGGACGAUAAAAAAUAAUGAAUGUGAUUCAGAAAAAGAUAAAUGCCAGUGAUUUGCUAAUGGAGCUGACAAGAUAAUGUACAUGUCUUUGUAAACUACUUGAACAAAGGUGAAAUUUUGCAGGCAUUUUGUCCUGCUGUUGCCUUUUUGUGUUUUUUUUAAAUCACAAUUUGUGGUUAAUUUAUCUGUGUAUGUAAUUUAUACUUUUAUGUGUGUAUCAUAAUGUAUUUCAAGUGUCAAGAUCGCUUAAAAGUAGACUUUAUUUUUAAUUUUAUGCAGCUAAAAUUGAGCUUUUAUAUAUAAUGAAGGUUUCUUCUUUCACCAAGUCUACAAGUGAAGUUGUUUUAUACUGAAUAGCUCAAUCUACAGAUUAUUGAAGCAAUAGAGAAAAAAUAUUCUAGUCAUGCAUAGCAGCUUUGACAAUUGUAUGCAGCAGCACAUAGUACUUGUGCUAGCAAAUGAUUAUUAGUGAGUCUGUAUAUCCAUGGGAAGCAAUAACCAGCAUUUCUAUAUGGCAGGAUUUCUAGGCACCUCACUCCAUUAUGACUCAUGUUACCCACUGGAUGUUAAACUAGUCGCCACCUCUGCAGGAUUGUUUAGAGUGGUGUUCAAACCCUGUCAUUUCUGAUACGGAGUUAGGAGUGCUAUGAUUAAGACAAAGAAUUGGCUGGUCCAUUAAUGUUGUUGGCAGAUUACAUGGAACACAGCAGGAUUUUUCUGCCAAAGUUACAUAAAGUACCAUCAUUAAUAUCGACACAAAAUUGGAAAACUACAAUCCGUAUUAAUGUUGAAUUCUCCGAAUAUGUAUACCAGAGCAGAGAACAGACUCAAAAUUUGACAUGAUGCAACUUACAAUGGAUGAUGCUGGGUUUAUGUGUGAGUCCUCAAAUUGCACCAUUGACUAGUACGUUGGACUAACUUCAUCUGAACCAGUGCUGUGGUGAGGUUCCCUGUUUUAUAAGCAUGAAUUCAUAUAGUGACUUGAUAAUAUGUCACAGAACAGAUUCAGUACCUAUCAACAUUAGUCAUGGUAGCUCACAGGUUCCAGUCAACCUGUACUAAAGAAAUGGAACUUCAUAGAGUUAUGCAACACUAAACAAGCAUAUGACAUACAUGGAAUAGUGUAGGUUAGAUGGGCUUGAGAUCGGUAUGACAAGUCGGCACAACAUCAAGGGCCGAAGGGCCUGUACUGUGCUGUAAUGUUCUAUGAACAGAUCCUUCAGUCCAACCAGUCCAUAAUCCCAAACUAAGCUAGUCCCAGCUCCCUGCUCCUGGCCCAUGCCGUUCCAUUUCCAAUUCUUGUACUUAUCCAAAUAUCUUUUAAAUGUUGUAAUUGUACCGACAUCCAUCCCCUUCCUCAGGAAGUUCAUACCACAUGUGAACCACCCUUUAUGUAAAUGUUCACAACUUUGUUUUAAACUGACCUAUUUUUCUAAUCAGUCCAUUCAAAGAUGUGAUCACACACUUCCAUACACUCAGAGAGCAGGUGAGACAUGAACCUGUGCCUCUUGCUUUAGGGGUAAGGACACUACUACUGUGCCAUAGGAAAGCCCCUUCACAACUGUUCUGAGGAAGGGUUACCGGACCCGAAACGUUAACUCUGAUUUCUUCUUCACAUAAGCUGCCAGACUUGCUGAGCUUUUCCAGCAACUUGUUUUUUCCCCCUCAUAACUUGGUUUACUACUGGUAGUAUAUUGGGUGUCAGUCAUUGCUUAUUAAUCAAUGACUGGAGUAGAACCUAGUAGAUUACCAUCCAAUUUGUAGCUAUUUGCGGAGUUGAAAGUAAUGCCUUUGCUCCCCGUUAAUGCAAUGAAUAAAAGCCUACUCCAAAACCAAAUGUUCAUGGGAAAAGUGUUUGUAUUCUGUUUUAAUUCUCAGCAGAACUUAUUUACAGCAAUCAUUUUCCAUAGCCAACUGAUAUUUGGACUCCAACAUGUUGGAUUAGCCAGUCUCUGUUGCAACCUGGAAUGAUUGGAAAUGCCUUUGGAUUUCAAGUAGGAAUACCAAACUUGCAACAACGGGGAUGAGUAACAGGAAGUGGCUUGUCUUGUUUUUAUGAAAUCUACAGUUGUUGACACUUGCACCUUGGCUGCAAACCAAGUAUCAGUUCAUCUCAUGUUUUGUUUUCUCUUCAUCAUCUGUUGCAGUUUUGUUUUGAAGUUUAUUCAAUGAAUACAGGGUAUUUAUAUCAAAAUGGAUCACGAACCCACAAGUUGUCAAAUGUUUUGACUAAGCAGACCUUUCUAAUAUUAAAAUAUCCAUGUUUUGCUCGCAGAAAAUGUUGAAAAUGGAAGAAACAGUAGUUACAUCAAAAGGACAUACAGCAGAGAUGAAUGAAAUAAAUUAUUCAUGGAAUUUUA